GUCUUACCAAGUCGAUGUCAAGUCCUCAAAGUGCAAAAUACUCAAAAACCUUUACUUUCAUACCGGUAUAUUUUAUCUGAUGCCGUUAUGAUGUCAGCCAUCAUUUUCACCCCUGCCAUCCGGUUGGAAGUGAAACUCGCUGAUAACAACAGUCAACUCCGACUGAGGCACAACACAUUAACAGAUAGCAAAUCGUCAACACACAAAGAUCGUACAUAACAUCCACAAGGAUACUUUAGCGAGGCUAUAUCAUGUCUUUCACAAAUUAUUUGACGUUUGAGCUAGGAAUACUUGGAUUGCUUUGUUGGUGUGUGAGAGAGCAGCAAGCAACAACCCAAGUAGGCCUCGAAAUACUGCCCAAGUUACCGGGGUCCUGCGGCUACGCUUUAGUCGCCGAAGUCGGGGUGAAGAAGACAUUCACUUUUAGCGUCAAUAUGAGAAUUGGCAUGCUUUACCGCGAUAUCUGCAAAUGGAAAUUCAUUGGUGAAAAUAAAAACAGAAUAGGCUACUUAUUUGUUAACGAUUUCGUCGUCUUCGAAUCCCCUGGUUGCAAGAAGGACUUCGUGAGCAUCCGCGACACGGAUAAUGAACAAAGCCUGAUCGGCAAGUACUGCUCCCCUCGGCAAAUUCCACAGACCAAGAGGACGACUGCGGGCUCCACGCUUAUAGUCAAUUUCCAGUCUAUCACAGGCUUCUCCUCAAGGUUUAGCAUCAUGUAUUGGGCCUUCGAACAGUCGGAACGAUGUUCUGCCACAUUGUACCUAGGACUCAGAUGGCCGAAGGCGAAGGCUGGCGAAACGGUUUCGAUAAGAUGUCACACCGCUGGCGACGCCACAUGGCUCUGUGGGCAAGAUGGUAAAUAUGACCCUGUGGGUCCAACCCUCGAUAAGGACUGCAUCGCUCAGAUCCUGGAGGAGACUGUCAAGGGUAUGUCAUCAUCAGUGAAGGGCGGGAGAUCUUCGAUGGAGUUAUUACAGGAUAUGAUGCACAUAGCCGACCGCAUGCUCUCAGCCGUGGGUGAAUCUGCCUUUGUUGUGAACGUCCAGACUCUAGCCGCCCAUACACAUCAUAAUGUGACCUUCUGUUCUGACGACACUCCCGAUGACGGGCCGAUAGUUCACCUUCACUUUGACGACAGAAGAGACAACAGAAGCGAGCCUAUCACCGCCGUGAUUGUCAUCUAUCGGAAUAUGAGUGGAAUGUUGCGUCUGAACACAAGCGGUGGUUUUCACCAAGAUGGAGCCAAUAUGACGUUUGAGAGAAACUUCAUGACAGUGAGCUUAUACCAGAACGGCUCUUCAUCAAAACUGAACGCCACGGACAAUAUCGUGAUGUCGUACACGAUACCAAAGACAACACCCGGCGACAUAGGCAAUAGGCACUGUGUCUUUUGGGACGGAGCGCUUCAUGGGUGGUCCGAUGUCGGUUGCCGCCUCACGCAAGCUACACACUAUAAGACAGCCUGUGCGUGCGAUCAUCUCACUUUCUUCGCCGUUCUCAUGGAUGUGUCCGGGUCGAGUUUCACGAAGGUUGAUGAGGAAAGUGGGGACACGGAAAAAAGCUUGGCUAUCCUGACCUACAUUGGCUGCGGGCUGUCUAUUGUCUGUCUCUUCAUCUCAAUCAUUUGUUUUUUCACUCUGAGGCAAGUCAAGAUAACUAGUUCACGUACCCACCACAAGGGUGCUAGAUUCUUAGUCUGGUGUGAAUACUGA